GUCCUAAAAACACACCCAGCACUGAGAUCUGGCCUCACUACAACUGCCAUCAUGCCUCAUAGUGCAGACUGAUUUGUCUGUCUCACGACAGAAGUGGAUAUUUGACUGCAGGUUUAUAACAGUAUUAAUGAUGUGUAUACAUAAGGAACAAGAGGGAGGGAAGGACUUUAUGGAAGCACUGAAAUAUUCAGAUUUCACCAUGAGUGAGGAGACUGAAGCUUGGGUGUAGCUGUUCAGUGGAGCAAGAUAUCACAAACGCAGUGUCUAUACUCCCGCAAAAUAGAUGAUGGGUGAAGCCGAAGAUGAGAAGAACCAGUCAGGGCGACUAUUUGAGAACUUUGUUCAGGCCACUGACUGUAAAAGCACCCUGCAGGCCUUCAAUAUCAUGUGCAGUUACCUUGAGCUUGACCCUCUGGAGCACAGCACCUUCUACAGCGGCCUGAAGAGCACGGUGACCUGCUGGAAAGCCAAAGCCCUUUGGAGUAAGCUGGACAAGAGAGCCAGCCACAAAGAGUACAAGAAAGGCAAAGCCUGCGAGGGCAUUAAGUGCUUGAUUAUUGGAGGGGGCCCCUGCGGCUUGCGGACUGCCAUCGAGUUAGCUUUCCUCGGAGCCAAAGUGGUGGUUAUAGAGAAGAGAGAUACAUUCUCAAGGAACAACGUCCUACAUCUUUGGCCCUACACCAUUCAUGACCUCAGGGCCUUAGGAGCCAAGAAGUUCUAUGGAAAGUUCUGUGCUGGAGCAAUAGACCACAUCAGCAUUCGGCAGCUCCAGCUCAUGCUCCUGAAGAUCGCUCUGCUUCUGGGUGUGGAGUUUCACGUAAAUGUGGAGUUCAUCAAGCUGGUGGAGCCUCCAGAAGACCAGGAGAAUGAGGGGCCGGGCUGGAGGGCAGAGAUCCGGCCUGUGGAUCACCCUGUGGCCGACUUCGACUUUGAUGUGGUGGUGGGAGCUGAUGGGAGACGAAACUCUUUAGAAGGGUUCAGGAGGAAGGAAUUUCGUGGCAAACUGGCCAUCGCCAUAACAGCAAACUUUAUCAACAGAAACACCACCGCUGAGGCAAAGGUCGAGGAGAUAAGUGGAGUUGCCUUCAUCUUCAACCAGAAAUUCUUUCAGGAUCUCAGACAGGAAACUGGAAUUGAUCUAGAGAACAUUGUCUACUACAAAGACAACACACAUUACUUUGUCAUGACAGCUAAGAAGCAGAGCCUGUUGGACAAAGGUGUCAUCAUUCAUGAUUAUAUCGACACCGAGGCACUGCUGAACAGUGAAAACGUGAAUCAAGAGGCUUUGCUGGCAUACGCACGAGAGGCAGCCGACUACGCCACCCACUACCAGCUGCCCACGCUGGACUACGCCACCAACCACUGCGCUCAGCCUGAUGUGGCCAUGUUCGAUUUCACCAGCAUGUACGCCUCCGAAAGUGCCGCUCUCGUCCGGGAGAGGUUUGCUCACAGUGUACUGGUGGCACUAGUGGGAGACAGUCUUCUAGAGCCCUUUUGGCCUAUGGGGACGGGCUGUGCCCGCGGCUUCCUGGCAGCCUUUGACACGGCUUGGAUGGUGAAAAGUUGGGCGCAGGGUAGAAAUCCUCUCGAGGUGCUGGCAGAGAGGGAGAGUCUGUACCGAUUGUUACCUCAAACAACACCUGAAAACAUCGCCAAAAACUUUGAUUUGUACACCAUAGAUCCGGGAACACGCUAUCCCAACCUCAAUUCAAACUGUGUCAGGCCACACCAGGUCCGCAACAACUAUAUCUGUGGAGAGAUGAAGCCGUGCUCUCUGGAACGGGCCGCCACCAUACGCCGCCCCGUUAACUUAGCCAGGCGAGAGUCUGAGAUCAGGCCGAGUCGGUUACUGACGUGGUGUCAGAAGCAGACGGAGGGCUACAGGGCUGUGGAUGUGACUGACCUCACUUCCUGCUGGAGCAGUGGUCUGGCUCUCUGUGCUCUCAUACAUCGCUUCAGACCACAGCUCAUUGACUAUGACUCUCUCAAUGAGCAAGACUGUGCCAAAAACCUUCAGCUGGCAUUUGAUGUGGCAGAGAAGGAGUUUGGCAUUAAGCCUUUCAUCACAGGGAAAGAGCUGGCGGCAGGUCAGGAGCCGGACAAGACCAGCAUGUGCAACUACCUCUCCAAGUUCUACGAGCUCUUCCGGGGAACGCCUCUACCUCCCUCAGAUUCAAAGCGAGAUGGUGAUGCAAAUAAUGAAAAAUGUCCAUCGGGUUCUUCCAGACCUGUUUACAAGUCAUUGAGUUUGCUUCAGCCUCGUAAACGCAUACCCAAGAAUGACAAAAAGACUGAAGACAAUGAUGCCAUAUACAAGAGAAGACGGAAAAUAAGUUACUUAGAAGAGCCAACCAGAUCCAUCAAUCAGAGUUUUUCUUUAUCCAGCGAGGGGCGGGAACUGAAAGAAAACAAGGUCAAGUUUAUGGCCACUCAGCUUCUAGCAAAAUUUGAAGACAGCACUGCAAGCUGCUCUAUUCGCAGACAGUCUGACUCUAAUGAUGAGAGGCCUCCAAGACCUCCAUCGCUCGAUAUGAUCGAUAGCCCUCUCUUUAACAUUAUCAAGAAGAAAGUCCCACCACCCCCACCCCCUAAAAAACAGUUUCCAUCCAUCGCCUGUGUACAACACUCUGAGGAGCCCUCGGCUCUUCUCUUCCCCUCGCUUCAUUCUAGUCCUCUGAAUCCACGGAGGAAACCACUUCAGCCAACUCACACACACAUUCACACACAAUCAGAGGCAGAGAACACAGCUGACUCAGAUUCAGGAAAUACAGCCACCUGCCACUCAGCAGUCCUGGCCAUGAGAGCAAUGCUCCAGCGCCUCCAGAGGGUGGAAGAAGAGAUUAGCCAGAGGAAAGCCCAGUCUCAAAAGGCCAGGGAGUUUCAUAAAAAAAGCAUAAAGGAGAAGGCUGUGCAUUUGAGCACUCUGUUCUCUGGCGAGGCCUGCUCUCCACCUCAGACGGAUAUACCUCAGACUGGGCAGCUAGACAUGCAGUUUUGUGAAGAAAAGAGAGAAUCAGUGAAAAGCUCAAAGCCUCACUCUUCAUCUCUCCAUUUUCCUCAUUCCAUCCCACUGACCACCCCUUCAUGUCCUCUCCCACAAUGCACUGCUGCUUCCUGUCCUCCACUCAUUUCAUCCUAUCCCUCUCUGCUGUUACAGCAGGUGUCUAAAACCAAACCAUUAGAUACGAAGCACUUUAUAAAGCAGAUACAGGGAGAUACAGUGAGUUCUUCCCAUCUGUUAAGCAGUCGCAGAACGUCUCAUUUUAGGCAUCAGAGCGAAACCCAGAUCCCCCAGUCAGAGGAAAACAGAAACUUUAACGUACCUGAUAAGAACAGUUCUUCCACUAUCCAUCCUCAUCAGUCUAACUCCAUAACAUUUCAUCCCAUCCCAGAAUGCACUGCUCCACUCCAUCUUUCCUUUCCAUUCUGCUCUGCUUCUUCAUUACGCAGUAAACUAAAGCCAGAAAUACUUCAUUGCAUAAACAUGCAAGAAGAAGCAAUGUGUAACUCAGAAAUGUCUGCCACCAGCAGUAUCACAACAUCCUUUACUUUAAGAAAACAAACAUAUGUUCCGCAGUCAAAUGGAGACUCAUAUUCUCCCAAACAGCGCACAGUAGGCAAAGUGUCUCUGAUAGUGGGUGCUAGAGCUGACUCUCUGGUUACCCUCGAUGAAAAUGAUCAUAUGCCCCAAGCAAGCAGCUCUGACACUCCGCCUUCCUUAAAAAGAGAAUUUCCUCAGAGUCUGGGUGAUGUGUGUCAUGUGUGUAAGAAACGGGUGUUUGUGGUGGAGCGGCUCAGCGCAGAGGGAUUCCACUUCCACAGGGAAUGCUUCCGCUGUUAUACCUGCAGAGCUCCACUGCGCCAGGGAGGGCAUUCCUUCGAUUCAGAGGAAGGAAAGUUGUACUGCAAACUCCACUUUGCUCAACGGAAACCCUUAGUCAAGAAUGGAGGAACACCGAUUCUACACACGACGUGUAAUGACGAAUCCCACGACGGCUCCAGCUGGAGUCCAGAGGGACGUGAGCAUCGUCUCCAGGAUGAGUCUCCAGUCCUUUUCGACCUCUCCACUGCGUCUGCUCCUGACUUGCCGUGAGCAACGCUGAUCCAAAGGUGAUUGUGUGCAAGGUCACUCAUUGCAUACGCUUACAGCGUCUUUGACCUGUUUUACAGCUGUGGACAUGCACGCUGCAUGACACUAACCGCCUGCCUCUGAUUCUUUCAUCUGCACGUCACGUCCGACAUGUUUCUCUUCUCUGUCUUUCUUCAAGGCUUGUUAAUUACUUGCUCAUGCAGCCUCUGUCUUUUCUUCAUUUCUUUCUGUUUCAGAGUUGGCUUACAUUUCAGAAACCUACACGCAGGCGCCCGUGUGCCUCUAUGAAAGCAGUUCGUUAGGCCUUUAGUUAAAGUAGCACCUUUUAUCUGACAUGUUGUAAAACUGUUUGAAGUCGUUUGCUGUGUAUUUUCAAUUUGAAACAUUUGUUGUUGCGUUAUUUAUAUUAAGCCAUACUCUUGCAAUAAAAGAAAGAUCAAAGCCUU